AGGGCAGAGUGCGCCAUUACUAGUUUAACUAGUAAUGGCGCAACGACUACCAGCAUCCAUUUCCUCCCCCAUCUCCACCGCGACCACCUCCCCCUCCCCCUCCUCUCAAUGUCGGAUCGAGAUCUACACGACGGCGCCUCUGCCUCUCCCACCACCUCCGCGCCUCCGCAAGACGACGUCCAGUGGGCUGAGGCCGCCUCCUCGGCCGCCCUCCGCGUCCCCCUUCCGUGCACGAGGAGAGAAUAGUCUAAUCGGCCCAGUGCGCCCCCACCGAAGCUCCCGCCCCGCCCGACCCCUGAAACCUAGCCGCCACGCGAAGCACCCCCGCGCCGGCGAGGCCGCCGCCCCGCAGGUACGUCCCUUCCUUUCGCUCCUCUCCAUCUCUAUCUCCAAUCCGUCCCGUUUCCCCGAUUGGCACAACUAUUUAGCGUCCGCGUCCCGCGCGGGGGAGGGUUGUUGUACCGGAUUGGGGGUCUCGGCCAUGGGUUGCUUACGGUGGCUGCUGCGCAGGGGCCUGCGGGCCAUGCUCCCGUCCAAGAGGUCGUCCGACGCCGCCGCGGCGGGGGAUGAAAGCGGCCACGGAGGGGACGCCAAGAGGCCCAAGCUCGACGCAGGCCGUGGCGGGGGACGAAAGCGGUCACGGAGGUAGGAGCACAGACUGAAACCGAGCUAAAGGAAAAGAAACUGAGGGUCGAAGACGCGCUGAAUGCAACAAAGGUAAAUGUUUUCUCCCGGUUUAAUUCCAGUUGAUUUUUAAGCUUGAUGCUUAUGCACAGAAAGGAGACUAAAACCACCAGGGCGGUUGUCGAGGGAAGAAGGUAAAUUUUAAGUUACAACGAAUAUAAACCCGUUGAUGGCCAGCCUAU